AGCACUCCACUAGUGAUGAGUGCAGGUGUUUCAUUAUCUCAGUUUCACACAAAGAAUUUUGUCUUGGUCCCUUAUUGUGGGGUCUUCAUUAAUUCCUCCUUGUCCCCACUCAUUCAUGCCUGCACCAACUUUUACCCUCCACUUUCUGCACUCCACACUGCUCUUUCUUCUCUCACAUUGCUAAACAAUACAUUCAUUUUUCAUCAGUUCAAAAUCCAAGGUUUGCUGUUAAUUCUUGACCCUUUUGUGUCUUCUUGCAUUUGCUGUUUUCUACUUUUGAUCAAAGGGAAGGAAGCAGGGAUGAGAGGAGGGGUCAGUGAAAGCUUCAAAUUUGACCUUCUGGCUGUAUUUAUACUGCUUCUUUGCUUCCGGGACUCCAGUUGCAGCUCACUGAAUCAUCCAGAAGGCUCUCUAAUCGAGGACAUAAAGGACGCUACUCUUUCGCUAGAGACCUCACCAACUGCUUCUCCACAACCCCUUCUUCCCCUUCUUGCACCUUCUCCAUUGGCACCUUUCACAAACAGCACUUCGCCUAAACUAUCUGGACUCUGUACAUUAAACUUUGAUGCUGUGAAAAAUAUGAUGUCCGUGACAUCAAUAGAUUGUGUAGCACCGUUUGCAGAGUAUCUGGCUAAUGUCAUGUGUUGCCCUCAACUGGAAACAACUCUUGUUAUUCUUAUUGGACGGUCUAGUAAAAACUCAAAUAUGCUUGCUUUAAACGGGACUCUCGCAAAACAUUGCCUUUCAGAUUUUCAGCAACUCCUGGUCAGCCAGGGUGCCAAUGAUACUCUGCAGCAGAUAUGCUCUCUUCAUCCAGAAAUCCUUACCGAAGGUUCUUGUCCAGUCAAAGAUGUUCAUGAGUUUGAGACCACUGUGGAUUCAUCUAGCCUACUUGCUGCCUGUAGCAAGAUCGAUCUUGUGAAUGAAUGCUGUGAGCAAAUUUGCGGAAAUGCUAUAACAGAAGCUGCUAAAUCACUUGCACUUAAAGCAUAUGAUAUUUCAAGGAUGGAUGGCUCUCAUGUGCUGUCUGAUCACACAACUAGAGUUAAAGACUGUAAAAGGAUUGUACGCCGAUGGCUGGCAAGUAAACUUGAACCUGCUGGAGCAAAACGUGUUCUCAGAGGACUUUCUAAUUGCAAAAACAAUAAAGUGUGUCCUUUGGUUUUUCCUAAUACGAAAAAUGUUACAAAGGCUUGUGGAGGUGGGAUGAAUAACCAAACAGCAUGUUGUAAUACCAUCGAAAGGUAUGUGUCUCACUUACAGCGCCAGAGCUUUGUCACCAACUUGCAAGCUUUGGAUUGUGCCGCCUCGCUUGGACUUAAGCUACAGAAAGGCAAUGUUAGCAAAAAUGUCUACGAUCUCUGUCGCAUUAGCCUCAAGGAUUUUUCUGUACAAGUUGCAACAGAAGUUUCCGGCUGUCUCUUGCCUAGUUUACCAUCGGAUGCAAUACUGGACAAAACUUUGGGGAUCGGCUUUGUAUGUGACUUAAAUGACAACAUUCCGGCUCCUUGGCCAUCUAUGUCUCACUCACCAGCUUCAUCGUGCAAGAAGUCUGUGAGAAUUCCUGCACUUCCUGCUGUAGCAUCAGGGCAAAUCAGUUUUGGAGGAUUGAAUAUAUGGUCACACCUGCUGCUGGCAGCCUCGAUGAUAUUACAACCCCACUGUAUAUUGAAUGCUGCCAUUCUUGGUUACUAGCAGUAGUAUGUGGAAGCGACGAAGCAUUCAUCUUGACCAGAUAAGAAACUGUCUGAAAGUUGACAGUUCUCUGAAGGUUUCAUCAAUGUUUUGGUUAUAAGAAAGUUAAUUGUAAAUAAUUACACAAUAGGUAGACUUUGAUGUAAAUAUUUCCAGUUGACAAAACUGACUUUGUAUAACGAAAAAGUUCAUACAGAAAAUUGCGGAGUGGACAUACGCUGAAGUGUGUUCACAUAUCUUUAGUUUCUCUCA